CCAUAGGUACACACCAUCAGCCAAAUCCCGCGUUCGCCGGUAUCCAGUCAUUCUCACAAAGGCGCGCGGCGCUGGUGGAGCCUUGUCGGUGCCACUGCUACUCGCCCUGUAGUUUAACAAACUCACACAUAACCAAGAUGGCGGACUCCGACUCGUGGGACGCUGAGAACUUCGAGCCAACUGAAUCGGCAACGGCAAAAAAGCCAGUGGCGUUGCUGGACAAAUGGGAAGGCGAGGACGAGGAUGAAGACGUGAAGGACAACUGGGAUGAUGAGGAGGAGGAGGGAGGAGAACCGAAGGCAGCGCAGGAGAAGACAGAAACAAAAGUUUCGGAAAAGAAAAAAUUAAAUGAAAAGAUCAAAGAAAAGGAAAGGAAACAACAGGAAGAGCUGAGGAAAAGGUGUAUUGAUUUAAAGGCCAGCCAGGAGGCCCAGGAGCUGACCGCGGAGGAGCAGGCCGCCGAAAGGCUCCGGCAGAAGAAGGCCCAGGAGGAAGCAGACAUGGAGCUCGCCAGAGAGGCUUUCGGUGUGGAAUCUAAUGCCAUUCAAAACAGUGUUUCUGGAAUCGACGCCCUUAAUCCCUCGUCUAGGGAAGACUUUGUCGAGUUCGAGAAGCUUCUGAGGGAAAAAAUCACACAGUACGACAAGUCCAUUCAUUAUUCUACCUUCUUGGAAUCCCUGUUUCGUGAACUCUGUAUUUCAUUGGAACUGGAGGACCUGAAGAAGGUCAGCACUAGCCUGACAGUUCUACUUAAUGAAAAACAGAAACAGGAGAAGCAACUGGCCAAGGGGAAGAAGAAGAAGAAGACCAAUCUCAAUCUGGCGGGCGGAGGCCUGAAGGCGAAGAAGAAAGACGAUCUGGAUGAUUACGGCGGGUUUGGCGCUGGCUACGAACAGGACUACGAGGAUUUCAUGUGACCACGGCUUGAACUCCCAACGCUCGCGUCCGAUUCCUCCACCCCAAAACAAACAAACAAACAAACAAACACUCGACUUGACCAGCGCGUCCCUCGUGCAAGCCCAUGCCACCAGGCAAAGCUGGCUGCUGAACAAACAUGUCAUCCCUGCGCUCUGCCCUUGCCGUGUGUGAGGGCAACAUCAAAGGGAGCUGCUUACACCACUUGUCUUUUGGUCAAUAGAAAGAGAAUGAGAGAGAAAAAAUAUACAUAUAUUAUUAUAUAUUGAAUUGCCUUGUACUUUUCCUUUUCUUUUUUCUUUUUUGUGAAUUGGCCAGCCUUCUAAAAAGAAGAGCUUUAUGAAGUAAGUCCUGUGCUUCAAGUGUCCUCAUCAGUGGCUGUGCUUAACCUACACAUUUUUGCCUGAUUUUUUUUUUUUUCUUUUUUUUUUUUCUCCCCCCUCCCCCCCCCCCCCCCCCCCCCCCCCCAAAAAAGAAAUGAAAGUACAAUUUCAGAAAUAGAAUCAUGUUUUCUUGUCAACUGAAGAGAGAAAAAAGAAAAGAAAAUGUCUGACAAAAGUAUUGCUCUUUCAUAAUUGCAGUUCCAUAGAAACUAAUUUGAUGUUCUCUAUGCAAGAAAUUUCCGAAUGUUUAUAUUACUACGUGGAGUAUUUUGCUUACCUGGCGAAUUGUUGUUUUUUUUCUACUGGGAGGUGUGUAGCAUCUAGAACUACAAUUGCCAAACACAGAUCUGAUGCACAUGUCCUCGAUUUCAGAGAGUGGCUUUUAAGUUCCUAGUUCUUUCCAGGGCUUUUAAAACACACUACACAGAGGCCAGGGCCUGGAGUGAUGGAAUAAAUUAAACAAAAUAAUAACAAGUCAUUAGUCAUGAAGAGAUGCACAUUGAAACGAUGCGCAUGCAUUUCACGAAAUGCAGCUUUGCCCCUUUUGCAGCCAUCGCCGUUCUCUUUAUGGAGUAGUCCUUGCAAGCAAGCAGUGGCUAAAAACAUUCUUUAAAACAAGGAAGUUGGAGAAGAGGGAAAAAAAGCUCAAUAAAUCUAGUUUCAGAUUAACCUGGAUUUUUUGAUUUUUUUUUUUUGUGCAUUUUUAAAAGAGAUAAAAAAUGUAAAAAAGGAGAGAGGGGGUAGCUUUAAGGCACUCGUGCAGCAUGGAGGGCAAUUGGAGGCGAUGUAACAGGAGUGGAGGCUCUAGAAAGUUCUUUCAUGACUGAUCUCUUGACUCGGCUUCGGCAGGCUUGUAUCAAGUGUCUGGUGAAGCAGUUUUGGCUGGACAGAUGUAGCCAAUGGGGUUCUCAGCCUUACUGUGGAACAGUUUAGGCUUCCUCCCACCUCUUCUCACUAUUGAAAACCAUUUGCCUCCACAACUUUGGUCUGAUUUGACAUGGACAACAGAGAUCGCCUGCAAUGUUUUUUUUAAGUAUCUAAUUUAAUAAACUCAUCAGCCAAGUUCUUGGUGGUGUGAUGGAAUAAUUAAAUAAUUAAACAUGGCUGUUUGAAUCA